CGCAUGCGUAGAAGAAGGGGUUUGCUUCCGGACUGGGGAAGAGAACGGGAAGCGCUGCAGAGAAGCUGAAGGGGAGAAAAGCAGCGCAGCUGGAGCCUGGGAAAGUUUUCUCAAAAAGAGAAGCCUCAGAUCAUAACCGAGUGAAUAAAGGGAAGUUCUCACAGGUAAAAGUAACCUAAGAGAAGGAGAAGGAGAUGGAAGAGCAAGACCCAGAAGGACCUGGAAUGGGCAAGACAGCAAGGAAAAGCCCCCAUCCCAUCCAACCUGGAAGUGUUGUUGAAUUCUGGGAAAGGGCUGGGCCAGAGAUCUUGGCUAAGGAUACCAUAACUUCAGAUGUCCACUGCCAACUCUUCCGGCAGUUCCGCUACCAUGAGGCAGAUGGGCCCCGAGAGGUUUGCAGCCAGCUCCAUGGACUAUGCAACCAGUGGCUAAAGCCGGAGAGGCACACCAAGAAGCAGAUCCUGGACCUGGUGAUCCUGGAGCAGUUUCUGACUCUCCUUCCCCAGAAAAUGCAGUGCUGGGUCAGAGGAUGUGAGCCGGAGACCAGUUCCCAGGCAGUGACCCUGGCCGAAGGUUUCCUCCUGAGUCAGGCAGUGGAGAAGACGCAGGCAGAACAGAUGUGGGGACCACCUUUGAAGAUGGAAGUUAUAAUCCCUGAAGAAGGAGCUCUCUUGGAGCAGGGGCAGAGGGUGCAGGCGGUGGAGCGUGCCCAAGAUGCCCUCUCCUGUGGAACAGGCAGUGAAGAGAUGCUGUUGAGCCGUUGUCUUUUCCAAUGUGUAGGAACAGCUGCUGCACCUCCAAUUCAGGGUCCCUUUUCUUUUGAGGACGUGUCCGUCUCUUUCAUGGAGGCAGAGUGGGCCUUGCUGGAUCCGGGACAAAGAGCUCUGUACUGGGAAGUCAUGCUGGAGAACUAUGAGAAUGUGGCCUUUCUGGCAGAAAAUCAUCAGAGGAAUGAGGAGGGGAAGGAAUUUCAUCAGCAAAUGCCAGAUAGAGUUAAACAUGAAAACUUGAAUGAAAAUGUCAGGAGUAAAGGCAAACCUAAAAGAAAGAAAAGCCUUGAUAUGGUUGAGAAGCGUGAUGGAAGAAAGUGGAAUAUACAUUUUUCAAAGCAAAGGAUAAUGAAUGCAAGGAAAUCCAUUCAGCGUGGAAAGUAUUUCAGAAAUAGAUCACAACUCCUUGUAAACCAAAGAAUACAUAGGGAGGAGACACCUUCUGAAUAUUCAGAGAUGAGUCAGAGUAAAAUUCUUCAGACUCAUCAAAAAACUCUCAAAGGAGAGAAACCUUUUAACUGCCCAGAGUGUGGAAAGAGAUUCAGUACAAGUAGCCAUCUUCAACAUCAGAGAACCCACACAGGGGAGAAACCAUUUGAAAGCUCAGAGUGUGGGAAGAGAUUCAAAUGGAGUGGCCAUCUUCACUGUCAUCAGAGAACCCACACAGAGGAGAAGCCUUUUGAAUGCUCAGAGUGUGGAAAGAGAUUCAGUACAAGCUGCAGUCUUCAAGAUGAUCAGAGAACCCACACAGGGGAGAAACCUUUUGAAUGCUCAAAGUGUGGAAAGAAAUUCAGUCAGAGGCGCCAUCUUCAGCUUCAUCAGAAAUCUCAUACAGGGGAGAACCCUUUUGAAUGCUCAAAAUGUGGAAAGAGAUUUAGUCAAAGUGGUAAUCUUCGAAAGCAUAAUAGAACCCACACAGGGGAGAAACCUUUUGAAUGCUCAGAGUGUGGAAAGAGAUUCAGUACAAGUAGCACUCUUCGAGGGCAUCAUAGAACCCACACAGGGGAGAAACCAUAUGAAUGCUCAGAAUGUGGAAAGAGAUUCGGUUCAAGUAGCACUCUUCAAGAGCAUCAUAGAACCCACACAGGGGAGAAACCAUAUGAAUGCUCAGAAUGUGGAAAGAGAUUCAGUUCAAGUAGCACUCUUCGAAAGCAUCAUAGAACCCACACAGGGGAGAAACCCUUUGAAUGCCCAGAGUGUGGAAAGAGAUUCAGUCGGAAUUGCAAUCUUCAAGAGCAUCGUACAGCACACACAGGGGAGAAGCCAUUUGAAUGCUCAGAGUGUGGAAAGAAAUUCAGUCAGAGUUGCAGGCUUCAGCGACACCAAAAAACUCACACUGGGGAGAAACCUUUUAAAUGCUUAGAGUGUGGGAAGAGAUUCAGUCGGAGUGGCCAUCUUCAAUAUCAUCAGAGAACCCACACAGGUGAGAAACCUUUUGAAUGCUCAGAGUGUGGAAAGAGAUUCAGUCAGAGUGGCACUCUUCAACGUCAUCAGAGAACCCACACAGGAGAAACCUUUUGAAUGCUCAGAGUUUGGGAAGAGAUUCAGUGAAAGUGGCCAUCUUCACUAUCAUCGGAGAUCUUACACAGGGGAGAAACCUUUUGAAUGCUCAGAGUGUGGAAAGAGAUUCGUGUGGAGUUGCAGUCUUCAAGAGCAUCAGAGAACCCAUACAGGGGAGAAUCCUUUUUAAUGCUCAGAGAGUGGAAAGGGAUUCAGCACAAGUCUCCAUCUUCAACAGCAUUAUAAAAACCACACAGGAGAAAUGAUUUGAAUGCUCAGAGUUUGAAAAGAUAUUCAGUCAGCGUGGCCAUCUUCAACAGAGAACCCACACAGGGGAGAAAUGUUAUGAAUUCUCAUAGUAUGGAAAGAGAUUCAGUUAUGUGGGAAUCUUCAAGGGAAUCAAUAAACACACAGAGGAGAAACCUUUUGAAUUCUCAGACUGUGGAAGGAGAUGCUGUUGCAGAAACACUCUCUGAUGGCAACUGAGAUACCACACAGGGAAGACACAAUUUUAAUGUUGGGAGCUCUGAAAGAGUUUCAGUCAGAGCGGUAGUCUUCUGCUGCGUCAAGGAUCCCACACAACGAGGAUCCAUGAAACUGCUUAGCCCAUAAAAAGAGUUUUCCCCGAUUUCACACCUCAAAGACAAUCACAGUUGAGUUUCUGCCAACUGCUGUAAAAGGCUCUAAUCUGCAGAAGAAACCUUACCCUAAUCAAAAAGAAAUGUUAUAACUUCUCAGACUGUGCAAAGAGCAUUAGCCAUGGUCAAAAUCCCAAACACUUCCCACAGAGAAGAAAACAAGGAUGGGCAGUGGGAUCUCCUGGUCAGAAAAUCAGCUGAUUCUUUUAGAAUCGAAGAGUCCGCCCAAGGGAGGAAUCUUAUCAAUGCUCUGUAUGUGGGAAGAACCUGAAGCACAAAUCUAACUCUCAUGUUCCUCAGAGAAUCCAUGAAAAGGCGAAACUUUCUUGUAUCUGAUUCUGAUGAGGUUCUUCAAAGGACCUGGUGUUGUUGGAAAGGCUGAGGACGUAGUUACAGAAAGAAGGCCGCUUUUCCUGGUUCUCCUUUGUGAAACUCCCUACUUCAGAUUAUCUGCCAGUCUAACUCUGAUUACUUCAAAACUGGUGAAAACAGUUCCUUUCCCAGAGCCUAUGAAGAAACAGACAAUUUGAGGGUAUCGGACAUCUACAGCCUCUUUGCUGCUGGCAUAAAUAUAGUGUGUCCAGCCAGCAUCCUUACUUCACAAUAAACACACACAUCACAAACCUAAUAAACUGAUGGAAUCUCUUACCACAAGAGAUUUGUUAGCCUUUAAACUGCUA